GCGCAUGCGCGCCAGAUAUUUCUUAGAGCCGUGAUCGCGCGCACGCUUUGCGCGAUGCAAGUCACAUGUUACGGUCAUAGUCAAUCGUGAGCCAUGGCCGUGUCCCACCAGUGGUUUAUACAGUGGUCUGCACCUUCCAUGCUCCUUGCGGACAUCGGGAACAAGUACAAGGACAUUAAUGAACAUUUUGAUACAAAACCUCAGUGGAACGAAGGAAGUGCAGUGACUGGAGAUAGUGCGAAGGAGUACGAAGAAGAAGAAUAUUAUUAUAAAUAUCGGCCUGAUAGGUAUAAAUAUACUGAUGGCAGCACCGCGGCCGGCAUCACGCUGUGGUUGGCCAUGAUGCAGGUGGCGCGGCCGCAGUCCGUGCCCGCCGACACCGACACGCCGCCCUUCAGCACGCUCUACAAGUGGAAGUUGGUCGACUACGAGUUCCCCUCAGCAAGGCUCCGCAGGCACGCCAUUAAUACUGGUAAGUUCGUGACACAGAACGUCCUUCCUCUGGGACUGGAGGUGUGGGGUUCCCGCGUGUUUGUCACGGUGCCGAGCUGGCGGCGCGGCGUGCCAGCCACCCUCGCCACCGUGCCGCGGGCCGGCGGGCUCGCGUCACCACCACUGCGACCAUAUCCUGACUGGUCGUACCACCGGGCGUUUAGCGACGGGAACAACUGCUCCGGCCUGAUAUCCGUGUUUAGAGUGAACGCAGAUCCUUGCGGCAGACUCUGGGUCCUCGACUCCGGACAAAUUGAUUCCCAAGACCGACCCCAACAGAUCUGCCCUCCAAGCAUCGUGGUCUUUGACCUCCAUACAGACACGCUCAUCGCCAGAUACCCGAUUCCCGACAAAUACGUCCUGCAGGACUGUCUUUACGCCAACAUAAUCGUCGAUACCCGAAAGGAAGACUGCUCGGACCUUCACGUCUAUGUGGCUGAUACAUGGCGCUUCGGACUCCUCGUGUUUAGAGAAAGUGAUGAAUCCUUUUGGAGAUUCACGAACCCCUUGUUCUACCCUGACCCCUUGGCUUCUAACUUUACAUUACACGGCACCAAUUUCCAAUGGGCAGACGGGAUUUUUGGACUAGCGUUGACACCAUUAGACAAAAACGACGAUCGUCUUCUGUUCUUCCAUUCUUUAGCAAGUUACAGAGAAUUCUACGUCCCUACAUCGGUCUUGAGGGACGAAUCACGCGUCAAUGACAGCGCUACGCAAUUUAAUUUAGUAGGUGAGAGUAGAGGACUCUAUGGCCAGUCAUCCGCAUCAGCCAUAGACAAUCGAGUGAUGUUCUACGGCCUAGUGUCAAGGGACAGCAUAGGCUGUUGGGAUUCAAAGAAGCCAUACUUAAAGAAGACUUUAGGAGUUGUAGCAAUGGAUUCAGACACUCUAGUCUUUCCGAACGAUAUAAAGAUUGAUCAAGAAGGGGAUCAGAGCGUGUGGGUGAUCUCCAACCGGCUGCCCAUGUUCCAGGCGGGGACAUUAAGCCCCAAUGAGUUCAACUAUCGCAUCAUGUACGCGAGUGCUGAGGAGGCAGUCAGGGGGACGGUCUGCGAUCCUGAUUCGCCAGUGCCUCGCUCUAAUCCAAUACUGCAACGUGGAUGGAUGCCUCUAACUUAGUUUAGUAAUAAAGUUAUUUAAGAUC